AUGAACUUGCUAAUAAAGAUUUUUUGUUUGGCGGCAAUUUUAAAUUUGUCGGAAACAUUUCAAAUUUACGCGGAUGUAGAAAAGUACAAUGUUAAGUGGGAAAUUGAUGGGGACUUGAUUACGUUUUCUAUUGAGGCUGAGACCACUGGUUUUGUUGGGCUGGGUUUUUCACGGGGUGGGGGGAUGAGUGGGGCGGACAUUGUUGUGGGUGGGGUUCGGAAUGGCGUGCCGUAUUUGGAGGACAGGCACGCGAUUUCUCGAUCUACCCCAAUUUUAGACGAGGAACAAAAUGUGGAGCUAAUUGAAGCCUUUGAAAAUGAUACGCACACGUUUAUCAAAUUUUCUCGCAAACUGGAAACCUGCGAUGAGGAGGGGGACGUUGCAAUAACGGAGGACACAAUUUCGUUAAUUUGGAGUUUUGGCGCAACUGACGAUUUAGUUUAUCAUGGAGCCAACAGAGGGAGUCGAUCCGUUAAUUUGUUAGAUCCUCAAGGACCGGAAAAUCCUGAUUUGUCAAAGUAUAAAGUCUGGGAAUUACGAACAGUCAAAGCUAUGCCCGCUGCUGACACCACGUACUGGUGCACUAUUCAUAAAUCACCCAACGUUCCCAGAAAACAGCACAUUGUUGGGUUUAGCGCCAUUUUAGAAUCGCCAUCCGCUUACGUGCACACCCACCACAUGGAAGCUUACCUCUGUCACGUGCCUCCCGGGAUGGAAUCGGUGUUCGAAACGUAUUUAAAUCAUACCGGGGAAGACUGCUAUUAUCCCGAUGAUCCUGAUUUCCCGGGUCAUUUUUGUGAAUCUAUAGCUUACGGAUGGGCCAUCGGUGGAGAGGUUGUCCUAUUUCCCGAUCAUGUCGGAUUUCCUCUCGUUUCUGGAGAAUAUUUUAAGUUGGAAGUGCAUUACAAUAAUCCCAACCAUUUAAACGACGUAGCCUUUGAUACGGGAUUAAAACUAUAUUACACAGAAGAUCUCAGAGUCCUCGACGCUGGGAGGAUCGCGAUCGGAUCGGAAAUCAAUUUUACGCAAAUGAUUCCCCCGAAUUCGGAGAAAUUUGUGACCGUCGCGCACUGCGAUGUUUCCUGUACGGCUGAAUUACCCGAAAAUGGGGUCGCUCUAUUCAAUUUCUUAAUUCAUGCACACCUCUCGGGGAAGAAACUGAAAGUUCGACAGUUCCGGAAUGGAGAAGAAUUACCCUGGUUAAUUAAUGAUGAACAUUACGAUUUCAAUUUUCAAGCUACGCGCCCAUUUCGGAAGGAAAUGCGUCUCAUGCCCGGCGACCACUUAGCGUUGGAAUGUGAAUACGAUAGCAGGUGGAAGAACGGGUCCGCCAUUGUGGGUGGAAGGUCGACAAAUGAAGAAAUGUGCAUGACCUUUAUCUCAUAUUACCCCCGAAUUGACGGUCUUCUAACGUGCAAUAGUGAAGUGAACAAGGACAAAUUAUUAAAUUUCUUUCAAAUUCAGGAAAUCUCAUUAAAUCAUCCCAGCGAUACGGACCCCAUUGUCGAAUUACCGCUUGAAAUGCAAGGUCGGACCUUUUCUCAGGUUGUCGAAUCCGUAAAUUGGACACCAGAAGUGCGGGAAUUUUACCAAAAGGUGACCAGAUUUGACCGACAUGACGCUUACUGUAGACCGAGCGGGGUUCAGGUUAAAGUUGGAUAUCCCCCACAUGGGGAGGACUACGUUCCAGGGGAUGUUUGCGAGAGAAGGCGGCGGUAA